CGCUCUGACGCUUUAGUCUUCAAGCCGGAGCUCCAACAACCUGGAACUGUGCGACAAACAGCACCGUGGAGACGGGGAAGCUUGUACCAUGCAGCCCGGAGCGGAGGACAGACUGGGACCGUUGAUUUUUGAGCGCUUUCUACAUUGACGGAGUAUCCCCCCCUCUUUUCUUGGGGACAUUAUUGCGAUCUCAUUGAUCUAACAUACCUUUACUCUCAUCCACGCACCCGCGCGCGCUCUCGCAUCACCGUACGGAUACCAGGAGCGCUUUCGUUUCUGUUGCCGUUGAACAUUAAAGGAGCUAAAACAUUGAGGGAAACACCUGGAAACAUGGAUUUAUUCUCCAUCCCACCUCGCGUUUGCUGGUGGAGGAUCCUGUUUCUCCUCAGCAUCUUCCAAAAUUACAUGAGCUCCAUGCUGGACUGCCCACCGACCUGCACUUGUUCUACCACUGACAUCUUUUGCAAUAAGUCUUACCAAGGGAAUUUCCUUCCCCUCCUGGCACUACAGGACACCGUGAGCGAUGGGAAUACCACUAACAACCUCCCGGACCUGUUUGAGAACAUCUCCUCCAUACACAUUGAGAACUGGUCGGGCUUGCAGACAUUGAGGGACGUUGACAUGGCAUUGUACACUGGGCUUCAGAGACUGACCAUUGUGAACUGCAACUUACAUGUGAUUCAGCCACGAGCCUUCGCUCAGAACCCAAACCUGCACUACAUAAACUUGUCCGGGAACCCUCUGACAACUCUCUCAUGGCAACUCUUUCAGAAUCUCCAACUUUUCGAGCUGAAACUGGAAGGAGUGGUGUUUAACUGCAGCUGCAGUAUCCGUUGGAUCCAGCUGUGGCAGCAGCGAGGCGAGGCCGGACUCCAUAACCAGCAGCUGUUCUGCAACAACGGAGACUCCAAGAUCCCUCUACAGCUCAUGAACAUCUCUCAGUGUGAUUUGCCGGAAAUCAGCGUAAGUCACAGUAACCUGACGGUGAUAGAAGGUGACAGGGUCACAAUCACCUGUAAUGGUUCAGGGGUGCCUGUACCGGAAGUGGAUUGGACUGUUGGUGGACUGCACUCAAUUAACACACACCAAUCCAAUCAAUAUCCACCGAAUGUCCACUCCAUCAACUUAACUCUGGUCAACGUCAGCCGAGACGAUAACAGCUUCAUGCUGACCUGCAUUGCAGAGAAUGUAGUUGGGAUGACUAAUGCCUCAAUACAGCUUUCAGUGCAGUUCCCUCCUGUCAUCAUUAAGUUUGAGGAGCCGCAGAAGUGGCACGACACAUGCAUGAUCUUCACGGUGCGUGCGCACCCCCUGCCCACCCUGCGGUGGUACUAUAAGGGCGAGGAGAUCAAGCCAACCGCGUAUGUUCAUCCAGAGAUGGAAGUCUAUCAGGACAACCUGGAGGGAUGCCUCAUGUUCAGAAACCCAACACACCACAACAAUGGCAAUUACACACUGGAGGCCAGCAACUUCCUGGGCGUGGCUGUCAAAACUGUGUACGCCCACUUCCUCCAACCACCUUUUGACUACCCCGAUUAUGUGAGUCCUACUCCGACCGCUAUUCCAACCAUGACGCAUCGGCCUGAAGAGGACACGUUUGGCGUGUCGAUUGCAGUUGGCUUGGCUGGCUUUGCCUGCGUUCUCCUUGUCGUUAUGUUUGUGCUAAUCAACAAAUAUGGCAGACGCUCAAAGUUUGGCAUGAAAGGACCCGUGGCUGUGAUCAGCGGUGAAGAAGACUCUGCCAGCCCCCUCCAUCACGUCAAUCACGGCAUCAUAACCCCGUGUACCCUGGACGCAGGGCCAGACGCCGUAGUGAUCGGAAUGACCCGUAUCCCAGUGAUCGAGAACCCGCAGUAUUUCCGGCACGGGCACAACUGCAACAAGCCCACCACUUAUGUACAGCACAUUAAGCGCAGAGACAUCGUGCUCAAGAGGGAACUGGGCGAAGGGGCCUUUGGGAAGGUGUUCCUGGCAGAGUGCUACAACCUAAGCCCCACUAAGGACAAGAUGCUGGUGGCUGUCAAGACCCUGAAGGACCCCACCCUUGCGGCGAGGAAAGACUUCCAGCGGGAGGCCGAGCUGCUGACCAAUCUUCAGCACGAGCACAUAGUGAAGUUCUACGGCGUUUGCGUGGACGGUGACCCGCUUAUCAUGGUCUUCGAGUACAUGAAACAUGGAGAUCUCAACAAGUUUCUCAGAGCUCAUGGUCCAGAUGCAAUGAUCCUGGUUGACGGACAGCCACUGCAGACCAAUGGGGAACUGGGUUUGUCUCAGAUGCUGCACAUAGCCACUCAGAUCGCCUCAGGGAUGGUCUACCUGGCGUCCCAGCACUUUGUGCACCGUGACCUGGCGACACGCAACUGCCUGGUGGGCAACGGGCUGCUCGUUAAAAUCGGAGACUUCGGAAUGUCAAGAGACAUCUACAGCACUGACUACUAUCGGGUGGGAGGACACACCAUGCUGCCCAUUCGCUGGAUGCCACCAGAAAGCAUCAUGUACAGGAAGUUCACGACAGAGAGUGACGUGUGGAGCUUCGGCGUCAUCCUCUGGGAAAUCUUUACCAACGGAAAACAGCCAUGGUUUCAGCUGGCAAAUAACGAGGUAAUCGAAUGCAUCACACAAGGACGUGUGCUGGAGAGGCCACGGCUUUGUCCCAAGGAAGUGUACGACAUUAUGCUGGGAUGCUGGCAGAGGGAACCGCAGCAGAGGUUGAACAUCAAAGACAUCCAGAAAAUUCUUUAUGCCUUGGGCAAAGCCACACCUGUCUACCUGGAUAUCCUGGGCUAGUGUUUGUUGGGAAUAUGUUUGGAUGUCUGUCUGCGUCUAUACAACGGAGGAACGAACAACCGGGGAUUUACCCAAAACAACAUGUACCUUACUGCGCCACUGUCAGACAACUACAACAUGGGGAUGGACUUAAGUGCCUGCUACUCCUUUCGAUACACUGGAUAACAGUCUUUCAAAAGCACUUUUACAUUUUGUUUACCUGCAUAUAUAGAUGUACAGUUCUACUGCAAGAAGAGGAGUCUCCUUUCUCUAUUUCUUUCUCUUUUUUUCAGUUUGGUAAGAACAGCCUACUUUUAAACUCUAAAAAAGGAAUAAUGGAAACCUUUUAUUUCCCCCUAAAAUAUGGAAAAUGUAAAAAAAAAAAAAAAAAAAAAAAAAAUUUUUUUUUUUUGUUUCCUCACUGCCUGACUAUUCUCCCCGUGGUUACUUGUUUUUCAUUUUAUAAAUAUAUAUAUAUUUUUUAUUUAUUUUUCUUUCACCUCCGAGUGUGGAUGUAUGCCAUGUUUCUUGCUGAGGGUAUAUCGCCUUUCGGAUAUGACUGCUUACCGUUGCCAUGUCAGAUGAUUGGCAAGGACUUUUUAAAAAAAAAAAGCCUUACUGCGCUCUGAUUGGCCGGAUCUUCUCUUUGACUCUACAGGAUGUAUCCAACAGGGCUUUUAAAUAUUCUGAGGAGCUUUUUAGUGAAUGGAUUAACUUGAAGGAACCACCAAUCAAUACAAAGGAGUUUAUUUAAAAAAAAAAAAAGAAUGUAUAUAAUGUAAAUUUCUGUGUCAAAAGCGACAGUAUGUUAACUUAUUUCAUUUCCUGAUUAGAUUAUUUUAGUUCUUUGGCGUGCUGUUACGGUGAGUGAAUUCUAUAAAUAUUUUGAUAAUAUUUUAAUGUUUUUUAUUUUUCCACAUGUCCAUAGAAUGUAUGUUGAUAUUUCUAAAUUAACUUUUUUUUUUUUUCAUUUUCCCCCUUUUGUUUUGAAUGCGGCCAAGAGCUCAAAAAUGGUUAGGGUUUUCAAGGUGGAACACACCACAAAAGGAAAAUCACAAGACGUUGCCUCACUCCUUGUAUUCCAGAGACCAUUUGCUUCUGAAAUGAAUGUAACAGGAACAGUUAGAGAUUCAAGUGAGAUUAUGCCCAGAAAAUACUCAUUAGCCCUCAUACUUCAUUAGCCCUCAUCGCUUUUAUGAAUUGUGCUUAUGCUUCUUUGCAAACAUAUUAUACCGUCCUUUCCCAUAGUUUGAGUAAUAAAAGAGAGAUGGUUAAGCUAACUGGAAUAACUAGCAUGAGCAAACUUUAUUAUUAUUUAUGUGCUAAAGUUUAGUAAGAAACACUGUCCAUUCCUAGUUCUGCAACCACUUUCCUCUAGUAAAUAUUGUAGCCUCUAAUAAAGUCACCAAACUAUAACUGAAGAGAGUCCAUAACAACAUUGUAGAUUCUGUCAAUAUUCUUCUCCCCAGUGUUUAACAAUAGAAGACUGUAAACACAAUAAUGUGAUAACUGUAUAUUCGAGAUGGAGCUUUCCUAAUACUAAAGGGCUUCUUUGAAACAUUCUUCAUUUAUUCUGAAGUGACAUUUCAUUGUAAUGUGUUCUCUCAGAUUUGCUGGCUCAUGCUUUUCAUUCAAGGUGAUCUGUGGCUCAGUAUUUGUCUAAUGAUAAAUCUGUAAUCAUUACACAUGGAGUAAAUCAGCCAAGUAAGCUUUAGCUGUGUGCCUAUCAGUGCAAAUGAUUCUUGAGCACACAUUAAGUGACAUUUUAGAACUUCAUCCUGAAUUUAGCUUAACCCUUACAAAUAUACCAACAGUGGAAAAUUUUAGGUGUUUUUUAUGUGUGAGAGCUCACUUUGAUUCUCGCAACUUUAUCUUAACUAAACCAUUACCAAAAGCAAAAAAAAAGUGAAAAACUUUCCUGCUUUUCCUUAAAUUGCUGUUCGAGGCAGCCUGUCCAUCUCAGUUCGACAGAACACAUUCGCGCUUAACCAUAAUCUCACCCUUCGCAUCAAGAAAAGUUCCUGCCGCAGAGAAAGUGACUUGAACAUUUGUUGAUCUUGUUGUGUUGUUUCUUUCUGCUUCCCACAGUGGCCAGAUAAUUCUCUCCACAUCUAUGACAAGGGGGAAAUUGCAAAAGUCUUUCAAUAACACCGCCAGCGAUGUGCUUAUAUGUGAUAAGAUGCUCCUUAUUUUGAUAUUCUUGUCAGCUAUGGGGCCCUACUGCAGAUAUCCACUGACUUUACAGUUUUGCACACCAAGCUUUCGUGCAGAAAAGUAACAGUGGAGAUUUACCCUGGUAUGGGUACCCAAAUGCUUGCUCGAAAAGACUUGGUUUAAGUAAACAGGCAUCUGCAUCCCGGACGAGCCCCCAGUUUGGGACUGCAUUUUAAACACAGUCCUCUUUACUGAUUGUAAUUUCUGCAAAUCUCUCAUUGAUGUGGCAUACCAGAUUUGACAUGUCAAUUGUAGUACACAGUGAGCUUUCAUGCUGAAUUAGGUUCUAAUUGGAAGGAAACAGACAAAAUGUCACUUUUGGCAAUGACAGCGAUUCCCAGCUUUCCUGUAGAGAGAUGAGACUUUGUGAAUGCAUGUGGGACUGAUUUUUCAAAAUAUGAAAAUUAUAUGUUAACAUGAACAGGCUAUUAUUUCUUCCUUGGUCAACCCCUUUUCAGUUUGGGGAAUUUUCUUGGAAAAAAAACAAACAAAAACACUGCUGCCCACCUCACAUUUAUCUUUAAUAAAAUGCUGGUUUAUUAAAAAAAGGAAAUGUUAUCAGCACUAGCAUUGCAGUUUUUAACAAUAUUACUAAAUGCUAACAACCAAUAUUAAAUUAAUCAUUUAAUAAUGAUGCCUUAGAACUUUGUCUGGGCAUUUUUUUUGUGACUGGCCAGCAUUUUCCUCGUCUAAAACCAAAUUUUGCAAAACAUAUGCUUUACACCCUCAUGUAUCUCUUCUUAACACGUGAAUAGCCCCUUUUGCAUAGCAAUCCUGGAAAAUUACCGUAAAAUUACUAGAAUGACUUUACUGGUAAAUACACAAGUAUGCUGUUCACACAAGCAAUGGCAUCCUGGCUUUUUACCAGUAAGAGACCAUUCAUACAUCAGCAGCAAAUUACCGGUAUAUUCUGUAAUGUCAGUCAUCGGAAAUGAUCUUUAAAUGCUGUGCCAUUGUCUUCAUCCGCCUGCAUGAGGAGAAGCGCUUUAGUUUCACUAUCUGUUCAAUUUGACAACAUUUUUUGACAUUUUAUUCUUUUAAAAACACAAGACAUGCAUAAUAGUAUCCAACUGCAGAGCCGCAGCGCUGAUGAAUGCAAAAGAAGGCAGGGUCUUGAGCGCAUCACAUUGAAAAAGCUGCGAGACAUGGUGCAACGCUCAAAGAUGAUCAAAUAUCGCAUUAAAAACUAUUAAAAAGCUUACUGUAAACAGCACGGAGUAAUCACGUCAUCUCCAUAAGUACUUUAUAAUUGUCCCAAAGAGAUUGUCAGCGCUUUCUGAUUUCGUAUAUGCUCAUACCGAUAAUCUUCAUUCUGCGUUCAGACAGCGUAUUAUACCGGUAAUUUACUGUUAAUGUUACAACUACCUUUACUGCUAAAUCGCCAGAACCAAUUUACCGGUAUUUUUGAAAAGGUCCUGUUCACACAUGAUAUCUUACAGGUAAUUUACCAGACUGUAUGUGUGAAAGGGGCUAAUGUUGUUUAUAUCUGUAACAAAUGAAAAUAUGAAACUGCACUUAGUUUCUACCUGUUUCCUGAAAAGGACUAAAGGUUGUGGCUCACUGUUGAGGCGGUGGUUACUGAAGAUUAUUUGAGUCAUUGGGUACAUUACUGUGACUAACAGGGUUGAAAGAGUCAAACAUUUCUCUGCGAUUUACUUGGUGAGACCGAUCGUUGCUCAACGACCUGUGAAAGGUGGAUUAUACAAAGGCGGCGAGAAGGGGGUCGGGCGGCGUUAGCUGCGGAGAGUGGGGAGACUGUAUCUUUAUCACCUGAAGCCGUCGGAGAACUGGCGCAAACUGAAUUAGUAGUUUCUGUAAAUGAAAGGACGCAAGCGUGUAAGCCACAGCUGGUUUGGAGAGGGGGAUCAGUAGAGAGAGAGUGUGACAGCAGGGUGACGGUAUGGCAGCUCCAGGGGUUGCCGUGACUCUAAUGACUUCACCUUGCAGAAAUGGGUGGAAAUUACCAAUGAAAUGAGUUUUUGGCCCGGGCUUUUAGAUAUCCCUUAAAUAUGAUGGCCAGUCUUUCGGUAAUCCCCCUGAGGCAGAGAAGAGAGGUGUGUGUGGUUGUAUCUGUGUGUGAGAAAGCGAGGGGUAGGAGAGAUGAAUCAGUGAAGGUCACACACUAACAGAGUGGAUAGAAGUGCCACAGCGCUGUCUGUUGGCAGGCUAACAGAGUUGAGUUAAGCAUUCAGAGCUGUGAGGCAAGCAGAAUCUCCCUCUCUCGCUUACCGCCGCCAUGGCAGCGGGCAGGCGCAGGGCGAUUGAUGAGAGGUUUAAGACCUUAAUCAUGAGGAGAAGAAGCGAGGCAGGAAGCUGGAACAUUACGUCUGGAAUGAGCUCUCUUUCAGCACUUCAUAACCCUGCAGAAGGGCUGCAGAAACCUUGGCACUGUCACGCUUCGCUGCUGAUCUCAGAUCAGCUCUCUCCUCAUCCAUUUAUCCUACCUUCUGUGGGCCUGAUUUACCAAAGCAUUUAGCGCAUGCAAGACUGCUUUACUGGGACAAAGUGAGGUAGAAAAACUGUAAUUGGCCAAUCACAGGCAAUGUUGCUAAAAAUCAAAUGUCUAGAUUUGCCGGCAAAUCGUUUCAAGAUGUCAUGCGUUAACUUUUUUACCCAAAUUACUGCCUUUGAUAUAUUCUGUUUUGAGCACUUGGAGGCAAUACUAAUCCGGGUGUAGCUUCUUUCAAAACCAGUAACAACCCCAUCAAAUUAGCCGCCCAGCUUUUAGAACUCAUUUAGCACCCCGACACUUGAUGUGGCCACCUGGAGCAUUAAUCUUCAAGAGAUGCAGUCACGCUGAAUAUCUUACUGAUUGAAUCUGUUAUCCCAAAUUGUUGUCACUGCAGAUCUUCAGCUGUCACUGUGGCUCACAUAAAACAUGCUAUCCGUUUUUUGCCUGCAGGAUAAAACUCAUUUUCAUUGCCUUCAAAACAUUUAAUUAAAGAUCCUUAUCUGAUUUGAAACUCCACUCCUAAAUUACAAAUGAGACUACCAGAACAAGUCCUUAUCUACCUCCAGUGCAUUGCCGCUUAAGUACUCUUAAUGUACUGUGGAAAGAAGAGGUUCCAAACUUGUGCUCAAUUCAUGGCACGCUCUGCUGAUGAUACGAAUAACAAUGGCAGCGUUUUUAUACAUCUGAAGUAGCGAUAUCCCUGAGAAAGGGUCAGCUGCAUUUUGAGAGCGCGAGUUUGCUCACGCUGCAGCUGCUGUACUCUCUUUGGCCCAUGGACAAGCAUGUGAAUCUUGUUACUUAGAACCUAAAGUGAUCUAUAGUUUAGGCCGGCAGAUCUCCUGAGCUGUGGGAAAAGCUGAACCCGCUUUCAAGGACAGUUGUGCAUUUAACUCGGAAAGCCUGGCCAAAUGCAACUCCGGUUUUCUUUAAAAGGGAGGUUCAAAUUGACUGCGGCAUUAAGACUUCAGAUGGGGAUGUCACCCCAGAGCAAUCUCCUGCACUGUCAGCAGACUUUGACAUCUAGAUUAACCUUGCUGCUGUGAGCGUGCUGACGGCUCUCAUUAGGAUGCAAGAAGCAUCUUGGAUCUUCUAUUCCAAAGGUACCUCGGCCCCCUCUUUCCCUGUGUGAAAAGGAAACUGGGAAGCAUGAGCCAGCACAUACACAUUGAUCCAAGGGAGGUCCUUAUGUGUGUCCGUGUGGGAGGGGAUGUUAUCUUUUUUGGAACGGAAAUUUUGAACAAAUGGCGAUCUGUCCCAGCCAUGCCACCCUUCCCAGAGUUUACCAGUCCACUAGCAAGCGAAAGAUAUGCCAAAGGGUCUAGGUGGAAGUCUCUCUCUCUCAAGUCUUUUUGUACAGAACUGUUUUAUUUCCUAAUAGAGACUACAGCCCUUUGUUCCACAGAAGAAUACUUGUCAAUCAGAACAAAAAGGGACUGAGCUCCUUUGAGCUCUUUUGCUCAGUCUCUUAAAUGUAUAAUUCAACCUCGUUCCACUCUCUGGUCAAACUGCGGGAGAAAGUUGUUUUACUGAGGUGAUUACUACAAGGCAGUUCUGACUCUGAGUGAAAAGUUACUUCUCUUGUAAUUGUUUCUUUUCACAUGCCAGAUAAUGACUGUAACCUUGUUGGUCAAAGCUCAAUAUCUAAACAGCAUGACGAUUAGUCAUUACCCUUUUGUUGGCCAAGUUUGCAAAAUAAACUGCCAGUUGUCAACUCAAUAAGGAGCCAAUAAGUCACUUUUUCUUUCUAGCUGCAGUCUUUCCAAAUGUCUUUAAUGCAGUAUGCUUGUAUAUAAGGGUUUUGGUGCUGAAAAAAAAGGUCUUUACUUGUCCUAGCCUUGCUUAGCUGAUUGUCCUGCUAAAAACAACACCUUAAACCAGACUGGUAUCCGAUCAGCUGGUGCACUUGAACUAGGAGACCAACUAAGACCAUCAAACCAACUUUAGGUUGUUGCAAGCUAUUUUUUACUGCAUAGCUGUAAUUGUGAAAGCACAAUUCAAAACACUGCCUUUCAGCCACCACCAAUGUUCUGAAGCAUCAGAGGCAAACCAGGGCUCUCUGACUCGAGGAGCAACUGCUAGAAACCGCUCUAAAUGUCUUCCUUAAUGGCUUGGCUAACAGUAGAACACCCCUGCAGUGUUAAGUGGGUGCUAGCAAGGACCUACCCAUACAAUAACCUGACUAAAAAUAGUGUUGCGAGAAGGAUGCAUAGAGCAGAAGUGGGGCGGCGAGUUUGUGACUCACUCCAUUCUGCCUACGUUUGCCUGAGAACUUGUGUGACAUUUCAGAUCACAGCUCGUCUGCACUAGCGCUGCCUGCCACCCACAACAUCAUACGUUUAAAUCAGAAUACUGCAAACUAGCCUCUGACUGCAGCGUAACAAGAACAUGUUUGAGUUAUAGUGUGACACCUGGCCUAUGAGUUUCAGUGAAACCUAUCAUGAUAGAGCUGACAUGACACAUUUAGUAUAUUGCCUGUUAAAGUAUUUCGUAAGGUCAGGACCCAACCUAAACAGGAAUUUCAGAGUCUCCUUGUAUUCUUUUAUUGAUGCACAUAAUGCUAAUUAUGCAAACAGUUAUUUAUUUCUACAUGCAGACCCAAGAGACUAACAUUUUAGGCCAUUGCUUUCAGAGAGUGUUUGAUGGCUGAACGACAGCAAAAGAAGGUCAGAAAUGAUUAUUUGGUAGAAGCAAUGAAGGACACACAUGCUUUAUUAUUUGCAGCGGCGUAACAAUCAUCUAUCAUGCUAUUCAACACAGGGAUGUUUUUAGAGAUCAGUCAAGCUUUUUUGUACAGUAUGUUGAAGAGUUGGUAUGAGGAUAGCUCUGUUUAUAAAAGUGGGCUAGUAUAUACGUUAAAUAGUAAGCAAACAUUGGAGUACGUAUUUCUGAUAUAUAUCCGAUAAUAGUUGCUGCUUAGGACCCAAACAAUUUUAGCUUGAGCCUCACUGAGCGAUGACUUUUCGGACUGUUGCUAGCUAAGCUAAGAUGUUAGCAUUAAGUUUCACUCUUUGAUCAGACAUACUAUAUUAGUUUAAGAUGUUUUUGAUGGGUUAAACCUAAGUAGCUUUUGGUGGAAUGCGAAAGCUGUAAAGUUUUCUUUCUAUCUUCCUAUUGAAAAGACAAGGUCUGGCAAGGUUAUCUAAAAUCUUAAAUUAUUAAUCAUUUCUGCUCUUUUACAAAAACUUUUUAGAAUCCAUCACAAUAUGGAGAGAUAAUGAUACAGCAGUUUCAUCUUUGAUGUAAGGCAUACUAAUAUUGCAUCAUUCAUAUAAGCAUAAGUCAUUGGAGAUAAGACAGCAUUUGAACUUUUGGCAAAAAAUAAAAAAUAAAUAAAUUGUAGUCUUCAAAUCUGUGUCUCAGACAGACUUGUGAUUAAAGAAUGACAAUUAAGAUUAAUACGAUUCUUUCUUUUUCUAAAUCAGGGUCUUUUCAAGAAUUUUCUUUUAAAAACCAUUGAGAUUGAACAUUCUUUUUGCUAAAUAAUGUAAAUCUUGUAAUGAAAGCCAUAGAUAGAUAGUCUAUUUGGUGUUUAAAGCCAUAUGAGGAAGUAUGUAUGUUAGGAAUCAUGUUAGAAGUAUAUGCACAUGCUUAAAUUCUGUUCUAUAUGGCCAUUUAGCUUUAUUGUUUGUGAAUCAGGGAAAAAUGAUUGGGUGGGUCUGGAAUGGAUAUAAUACAGAAGCAAAGGAAAUGUUGUCCCCCUACUCUAACAGUGCUAAAUCCAAUCGAAGCCGGAAAAGCCACAGCAGGAACUGACAUUUCCAACCUUGUUUUAAAAGCCAACCUCAGCUAUAUUAAAGUCUGCAGGCAACAGGAUUCUAGUCCAAACAAUUGGCUCACCAUGUAUUGUUUUGACCAUCUUUUCAUCUCUCAAACAUCCUGGCCCUCCAGGUAGUGGACGUGCACUCGAAAAGCAGAUGUCUGAGCUGACGGCGCUAUCUUAUUGUCAUGGUGCCUGGGCUCCAGUGGAAAGACCGGACAGGGAUCUGGAAUGCAGGGAGAGCAGAUAGAAUCCUAAUCAUGUAUGUGAUUGGACUCUGUGUUUCCAGUAACUCAUCACAACACUAGUAGAUAUUGGCGGAAGAGAAAUAUAUUACAGGGAGGCUGUAUUGCAGUGGCCUCAAAUCCACGUCAACAAGUUUUCAUCGUUUUUCACGUCUUUUUAAAUGGACGCUUUGCUCAACAGCUUGUUCAUUGACGCCUUUGGUAUUGAUGUCACGUAGGCAGUAUAUACAGGAAACAAGGCUUAGCGAUUCAUAAAACCAUGUUAAAAGAAACUCAUAUUACACAUUAGCAAUAUCUGUGUGUGUCACUAUCAUUGUAGUACUCAUCUUUCAACCUAAUAUAUUUCUCUUCCUGUGAAUUGCGUGCGGGCAAAAUCCAUUGCAAUAUUCAACUGUGGGAGACGUUUAAGCUACACAUCUGUUUAUAUAUGUGGUCUAUUUCAUCUGGACUAAUGCGAGAACAGCAGUCAGACAACGUCAAGUUCAAAUGUCUGAAUAUUUAUGUGUGAUGAGUGCAGAUAUUUUGUGUUUUCAUUGCCAUUGAGCUGUGUACGGUUUGAAAAUAAUAACUUUGUGACACCCUCUGGCAUUCACAGUAAUGUAUUUUCCAUCUGAGAAGUCCUAGCUGAAGUGCUGACUUUACGAUUUCUCUUGAGUAUUUCUGUCAUCUUGUCCGAACCCUCGUUAGAAUGAUGAAGGAACGAGGUGUGAAAAAAAUCUCACGGUUCCUCUAUUUGUAACUCAUCGUUAAUCCACCUGUGUUCCGUUUACUGAUCCAUCUAUAAACUAAAAACAGCUGUAACUAACUAUGUAUCCUAUGAUGAUUUAUGUAGACUUAUUCUAUAAAUAAAAAGAAAAAAUACA